AUGUUCUCCUCCCUGACCUCUUCGGCCGCCAUAUCGAAUCUUGGCACACGACUGAAUUCGUUCCGACGUGCCAUCACCUUGGGUGACGAGGCGGACGAUCCCGACCAUGAGGACUGCUCGCAUAUCUCCAACGUCCUCCGCGCCUAUUAUACCGAGAAAGGUCGUCCGUAUCCCGCCUGGCUUCCUCCCAACCCCAAGGCACCGGCUCCAUCGCCAGCCCGGGUCAUUGCGACAACCCAGAUCCAGCCGGGAGCCGGCAGUACGACGGCCACAUCGACAUAUGGACGCGGUAGCGGGGGAGGAUUGGGUGACCUGUGGGGUGACUCGGGUGCAUCACAAGCUCCGCCUCCCCAGACGGCGAGUCUCCGACGUGGAAGAAGUGCGCAGGGACCGGCUCUGUCCACGACGACUAGUGCACCAGCCGGGUUUCCCGCAACGUCGCCGAGUCAAUCCCCGACGCCGCCCAUGUUGCAUCCGUCCGGGAGCCGACCUUUACCAAGUCAACGAGCCGGCACGCAUCAGCCGAUGGGGGGUGCAAUGGCAGGAGCACCACCGUUGGAACGAGCAACGUCGGCGCAGGAAAGGCUCCGGGCCAGACUACAUGGAGGCCGGUCCCCUAGCCCCGGGCAGAAUCCGAACGGUCGGCCCAAUUUACCAUAUUCUGCAGGGGGAGCGGAUCCUAGUGCACGAAAACCAAUCGGGAUGCCUCCGGGAAGAAUGCGAGGAUAG